AUGGGAACGGCCCAGCACAGUACCUUUCUCAUUGCGGACCGGGACGGCCCCGGCCGUGGACUGAAUGGGCGGCUGUUUCAUGAGUGCGCUGGGGACCGACAUGUUCAUGGCAGCGGCAGGACUCCGGGCACUUCCCUGAUUCCAAGUAGUAAACAGCUACCAACGGCAAGACAGGAAAAUCCUCUCCAACUACAGGCCCUGGACGUUGCAGCGCGACUGACGGAAACACCACCGGCGGAGGAGAAGGCGGGCUCCAGGCAGCGACUCCAAGUGAAGGUGCAUGAAUAUAAAGAAAACCAGGACGUCACUGACCUAUCUCAGAGACUAGUUUUAGAAAAAACAGCUAAGGUGUGUCUUGUCCCCUUUUCACUCAGUGAUUACAAGCCAAAUGCAUUUAAGCUCCCCAAGUCCCUCUUAGAUAAGAAUUCUAACAAUGAAGCGGCAUGUAAGACAUAUAAGAAGACCGAAAUAAAGAAAACUUUCAGGGAGGUUUUAACUCCGAAGAUGAAAGCCACCACAUCUUCUGAGACAGAAUCCACUCUGCAAAAAUCAUCCUUGGACGUUCACACAGAAAAUCACAGACAACACAUGAGCACGUCGGACACAGGGCUUCUCAGUGUCGAGAUGGAAGAUAGUCAGGAUGGAGACAGCGAUGAAGAUACAUCAGGCCUGGAUGAUUUUUCAGGAUUGUCACCAUAUGAAAGGAAGAGACUAAAGAACAUAUCAGAAAAUGCAAACUUUUUUGCUUCACUUCACUUGUCUGAGUCAGCUGCAAGGCUCCGUGAAAUGAUAAAGAAGAGACAGCCUUCUGAAUCCAGAAGAAAGAAGCCUAAGAAGAGAGAAAAUGGAAUUGGAUGUAGAAGGUCAAUGCGAUUACUAAAUGUAGAUCCUUUAGGAGUUUCAUUACCGGAAACCCCAACCCAGCCAACAGUAGUAGAAGAUGAAAAUCCUUUGAUACCUCCUGGGCCUUUAGAAAUGACUCCUGAAAAUCGAGAUGAUAACAGUGAACUACUUAAAGGAUUUCUACAGACUUGGGCAGAAGUGAACAAGACAAGUAGUAAGAAUAAUGAGAAGGAGUUAUCGAGCAUUAAAAGCUACAAAGCCAAUUUAAGUGGCAUGGUCAUUAGUGAAGAUACUGUUUGUAAAGUUACCAAAGGUUCAAUAUUCUCUAUGGCUCUUCAUCCAUCAGAAAUUAGAACUUUGGUGGCAGCUGGGGCCAGAUCUGGGCAAGUUGGACUUUGGGAUUUGACUCACCAACCAAAAGAAGAUGGAGUUUAUGUUUUUCAACCCCAUAGUCAGCCCGUGAGCUGUCUUUACUUCUCACCUGCCAAUCCAGCUCACAUACUGUCACUGAGCUAUGAUGGCACAUUACGCUGUGGGGAUUUCUCCAAGGCUGUUUUCGAAGAGGUAAAUGUUAAUGUGUUUACAUAUUGUCUCAGCACUGUCCUAGAGGCUUAUUACAUGUGCUGUGGUAACACCAAGACUUAUUCCUCCCGUUACAGAGAUGUUCAUAUUUACGAUGCAAGGCACCUGAAUCCCAAGGGAAGCCAGCCUUUGGUUUCUUUGUCUGAACACACAAAGAGCAUCGCUUCUGCUUAUUUUUCACCUCUGACUGGUCACAGAGUAGUGACCACAUGUGCUGACUGUAAGCUGAGAAUCUUUGACAGUAGCUGCAUAUCCUCUCAGAUUCCUCUCCUCACCACCAUCAGGCACAACACCAAUACUGGGCGAUGGCUGACCAGGUUCCGAGCUGUGUGGGACCCUAAACAAGAAGACUGUAUCAUCGUGGGCAGCAUGGCCUAUCCACGGCAGGUGGAAAUCUUCCACGAGACAGGAAAACGGGUGCAUUCUUUUCUCGGUGGAGAAUGCCUAGUUUCUGUGUGCUCCAUCAAUGCUAUGCAUCCGACUCGGUAUAUUUUGGCCGGAGGUAAUUCCAGUGGAAAGAUACAUGUUUUUAUGAAUUAAGAAAGUUGCUGGGUUUUUGCUUUAGCAAUAUUAAUUUGUUCAAAUUAAUUAGUGUCUAUGUAGCAAAAAUAAAUUGCUUUAUUAAUAGGAACUUUGAGCAGGAUGUACUUUUGGUGAAGGAGAAACCUUGGUUAUUUCUACGGGUCGGGGAAGAAGUUCGAGGGAGGCUGUGAUGCCUUCAGCACUUUAAUCAGGCAGUAUGUUGAGAAGCUGUGACAUUAACAGUUAUAAAGCUUUGAGUGAUUAGUAUUAAAAACUUUUGUGGUCUAAUAAUAUGGUUUUAAAAAAAUUUAUUGGGGUGACAUUGGUUCA